CGUUCGUACCACGCGGUCCUCCUCGUUCACUUCUCUCCCUAUUUUAUACUUGUUCAUUCAAUCUUUUUCAUCCUAACCAGCAAUCAAAUCUACUUUUGUUGAACGAAUUUCAUAUCGAAAUUUGUUUUUGUUUUUCUUCUUCCUUUCACACGCACGCCCUCUGACAUCCCAACAACAAAAGAAAAAAUCGUUUACCUCAACUUAUUGGUGGAGUAACGUCGAAGGAUUCCUUUUCGGAACGGAUCCUAUUACCUAACCGUAAUAAGAAGAAACCAAAGGACAAUUAGGCAAAAAUCGAAACCCACCUAUUGGACUCCUUUUUUUUUUCUCUUCUGGAUUGUUUUUGCUGAACCUUGCUGAAUUGCAUUCGAGCCAUCCGAGACGAAGUUCAACUCCUCCGAGACGUGGGGUGUGUUUCUACAAAAAGGGAGGGGGAGGGUUUCUUAUCGCAGACGAAGAUAUAAAGAAGGCACACAUAACAUCCUGCCGUGGAGCCGCUUACCAAAACCACCGUUGUUCUGAACCCGCCAUGGGUUUGCUGAACUGGCCAUUGAACCCAGUUGAACCGCGAGUCCAACCGUCGAGCGAUACCCUGCUCUGCAGUCGUGCUUCUUCUUUCUUGACAUCGUCUACCUCCUCGUUAACCUGCAGCCUCCAAUCGCAGCAGCUCACAUCUUCUUCCGUAGCCCUCAUUUCACCUACCACCACGACGUCGUAGUCAAUCGCGCCAUCUGUUGACACUCGAGUCGGCAGUUUUUUCGGUUUCUUUUCUGUACUUUGUUGUGUCGGAACAAACCGAAGUAGUUUUUUUUCUUCCCCGAACCAGCUCCCCUUUUUUCGCAAUUGAAACAAGAGACAUUUGUUUAGUACAAGGAGGAGCUCUAAACAACAGAUAAGCAGAUAAAUAGAAGAAAAAAAGUCGUUCUUAACCAGCAGAUCCCGCUAAAACCAGAUCCUAGGUAUCACUAUUCCUACAUUAGGGAUAGAAACUCGUGAACUCGUUGUCCUCCCCAUUUUUGCUCAUCCUUCUUCAGUUGACAUUUACGAAACACUCCUUGCAAACUCGACGAAUAUUACUUUUCAAUUUGGACGAAAGAAGACACGCUGUGAUAGUUGAAGAAAUCAUAGGAACAAGAUUUCAUUUGCCAUCUUGUUUGAAAGAAAACUGUGAUUGAAAAAAGAAAACUUGAAAAAGUAAUUUAAACCUUUUCCUUAACCUCCAUUCAAAAAUGUCCUCCGUUACCGAAAUGGUUACCGAGGCAGUAACCGAAGUGAUAUCCAGCAUCGGAACUGGCGACAUCGCCUACAACAGCGAACUCCUCUGGAUCGUCAUCCUCGGCUUUAUUGUUUCAUUUGUCUUGGCCUUUGGCGUCGGUGCUAAUGAUGUGGCCAACAGUUUUGGCACAUCUGUCGGAGCCAAAGUCCUCACCAUCCGUCAGGCUUGUAUUCUGGCCACCAUCUUUGAAAUUGCCGGAGCUGUUCUCAUCGGUUACAAGGUCUCGGACACGAUGCGUAAAGGCAUCAUCGACCCGAGCAUCUACAACAAUUCCAAUUCGGAGCUGAUGCUGGGCAACUUGGCCGCUCUCGGCGGCAGCGGCGUCUGGUUGAUACUGGCCACUUUCCUCAAAUUGCCCAUUUCUGGAACGCACAGCAUCGUCGGAGCCACUAUCGGCUUCUCGUUGGUGGCCAAAGGCACUGAAGGCGUCCAGUGGUCCAAACUGGGACAGAUUGUUGCCUCGUGGUUCGUCUCGCCCGUCUUGUCUGGCCUCAUGUCUUCCGCCCUCUUUUUGGCCAUCCGUAAAUUGAUUCUUCGCAAACCGGCUCCACUUGAAUAUGGCCUCAGAGCUCUGCCCAUCUUCUACGCAUUAACGUUGGGCAUCAACGUCUUCUCCAUUGUGCUGGAUGGGCCCAGUUUGUUGUACUUUGACCGCAUCCCUUGGUGGGGAACCAUUAUCCUCAGCUGCCUUAUCGGUUUACUGGCCGGAAUGGCUGUCCAGUUGGUAAUGGUGCCAAGGUUACGUCGCUCCAUCACGGAAGGCCAUCGCAAUGACGAAGCCACAAGGGCUAAAUUUGCUUUCGGCGGAGACAGCGGUCCUGGAUCGGCAGCUUCUUCGGCCAACAUCACGCCCGAAGAGUCACGCAAUGUUUCGAUGGAUAAUAUCCCAUACAAUGGCGUUCACUCGGAAUUGGACCCGGCCAACACGCUCCAUUCCCGGCAGGGUGGCAAGCAACGUAAACCGACGGAAGCACGUCACAAGCCGAUGCGAUUCGGAUUCCGCAAAUCGCAGCCGAAAACCAUUUCACUGGCUGGAGAAGAGAGUCCGUUCAUCGCCGAGACGCGGUUAGACAACCAGGGCAACAAGGGCCAGCCCAACAGCGAACAACCUACGCCAAUUCACGGUCUGUCACCUUGCAGCAGCGCCGUUCCGCUCAUUAAUGCUGGAGGAGUACCGCACGCUACUAUUGUGAAGAAGACUAUGGAUGUUGAGAAUCCGCCAACUGUCAACGUGGCUUCAACUCUGGCUUCAGCUUCCGUUGACGAUCCUCCAGAGGUUGUCCGACUCUUUUCAUUCCUUCAGAUCAUGACGGCCUCGUUCGGCGCAUUUGCUCACGGUGGAAACGACGUCAGCAAUGCCAUCGGACCGCUGGUGGCCAUUUGGCUCAUCUACACCGAAGGCAACGUUGAACAAAGGUCUGAAACGCCACUCCACAUUCUCUUCUUCGGAGGCAUCGGCAUCACCAUCGGCCUGUGGGUUUGGGGACGACGAGUCAUCAAAACGGUUGGAGAAGAUUUGACCAAGUUGACGUCGUCGAGUGGUUUCACCAUCGAAAUUGGCGCUGCCUUUACCGUCCUCGUGGCCAGCAAAAUCGGUGUUCCCAUCAGCACGACUCACUGCAAAGUCGGAUCGGUCGUUUUCGUCGGCUGGGCGCAGACUUCGCGCGGUGGCGUCGAUUGGGCCCUCUUCCGCAACAUCAUCUUUGCCUGGGCCGUGACAGUACCCAUUGCCGGUGGUUUGAGCGCAGCCAUCAUGUAUAUCUUCCAAGUCUGUAAUCUCUUCUGAUGAUACGUGCUCGACUAUGUGUUAAGUCGGUGCCUAUAUAGUUGUAAGAAAGAAAUUGAGGGCUAGUGCAUUUUUGUGGCUCUUUUCUUUUUAAUAUACAGUUUUUUUUUGUUUAAAAAUAGAAGACAUUCGGGCUGUUUUGUAAAUAACGACCUGAUUAUCUUCCAAGAUUGGAACCAUCUGUUAUGUUAUGGCACUCUCAUCCCAUUUUCUCCUUUUCUUAGUUUCUUCAGUGAAUUAGCCUCACUUUUCACCCUGAUGUUUGGUUCAGUCUGAAAUACGAAAAAUAGCAAAACACCAGAAAAAAAUUAGAGUUAAACUUGUUUGCAGUACUCUUAUCAUAUAGUUCACCAUUUAAUGUUUUUCGCGUCUCCGUUUAAUUUUCUAUACUAAAUAUUUCUCUGCUAUAUAUUCCACAAUGUGCCCUGGUUUUGGUUAAACAGCUGUGGCAACCAAAUGUAGCCUACAAGUUGAAAGUGCUCAUAUAUUAAGUAGCGAUACCUACCAUAUUCUCAACAAUAUUCUCUUCAUCUAUAUUGUGUUACCCCACAGUUUGUUCCAAUCAUUUUCUCCAAAAAAUUCAGCUAUGUAUGUUCACUUGGCCUCACCAUCAUUCAUUGCUGCUACUCUUGCUGCAUCCUAAGUAAAAACAAAUAUUUCUUUAAAUAUUAUUAUUUUUUUUUCUUUGGUUCAAUGUAAAUUGUCCCGUUGAUUUUCUCCUAGAAAACCUUUGAAAUACUUAUAAUACUGUUGCAGUCGCAAUCCCUCCACUCCUCAAAACAUUAAAUGAUGAACUUAUCUUGCUUAUUAUCUUAAUAUUUUUUUUAUUGUUAUCCUUUGCAGACAGUGCCAUCAAUUUUUCAUCGCAAGCAUUGUAUCAGUGCUCUUUCGCCUACUGUAUUAGGGCUCACCAAACAAACAAUACACACAAGGCAAUUUGAAGCUUUUGCUCUUCACCU